CUAAUCUAUGACUUGAGAAGAACCUUCCAAACAUGCCCUAAGCAAUUUCUCACUCCUACUUUCUCUCUCUAACAACCCCGAACUUCGAUCGCUUCUGCUCUCCAAAGGUUGACGAUUUGUAAAAGUUAAUUCAAUUCCUUCGAUAUUCAAACCUGGUUUGCUUAAUUGAAUGAGAAUUUAGUUAUCCACUGUGUAUCAGCAGGCAUUAUUGACUGUGCUCAUCGAGUUGACUUUCAGAUGGAAAUGGACAAGAAUUAGGGUUUUAAAUCGAGCAAACGAAAAUCGAGUUUGUGGUUUUUCUUGUUUUCCCAAAUUACUUUGAAUUUUUUAUGGUAUCAAUGAAUUCUGCACCGGAAAUGCCUGUAGAUGGGCAUUGUCUCCGAGUAGAUACUUCAAAGUUGAGACUUCAGAUUGAGAGGAGACUUGGUCGGCAGAAGGCGGAGAAAUAUUUCAAUCUGUUGAAUAUGUUUUUAAGUCUCAGGCUUAGCAAAAGAGAGUUUGAUAAGCUCUGUACUGGGUUGUUGGGGAGAGAAAACAUUUCUCUUCAUAAUGGACUUAUUCGAGCAAUUAUCAAGAAUGCAAGUGUUGCCAAGACACCUCCACCUAAAAGCGGCAAAGCUCAAGCUCCACUGAGUGUUAAAGUGCUGAACGGGUAUCAAAGAAGUAGUCUUCAAUCGAUCUGUAGAGACACGUUUCCUCAAUCUCCUAGGAAGGGGAGAACUCCGACCCCUCGAGAUCGCAAGUUCAAGGACAGACCAAGCCCUCUCGGGCCACAUGGGAAGACCCACAAUGUGGUGUGUGAAGAUACAAUGCCGAAGCUUCAAGAGCAGCAGAGUGCUACUGAGUUGCUAUCUUUGGGUAGCCGUCCUCCGGUUGAGGUUACGUCUGUGGAAGAUGGUGAAGAGGUGGAACAAUCUGCAGGAAGCCCCGAAACUUAUAGUAAAAGCCCUCUUAGAGCUCCUCUCGGCAUCUCUCUUAAUGCAGGAGGUACAAGAAAGGUAUUGCUCAAUGAAUCACCACCUUCUGAGACCUGCUUUACAACAGGGGAGUUGCCGAGUACGAGUUCUUUGAGGAAGAGGUUGGAACAGAAGUUGAAGACGGAGGGUUUGAAUGUUUCAAAAGAUUGCGCAGGCUUGUUAAACAAUGGACUGGAUGUGUUUUUGAAGGGAUUAAUAAAACCCUGUCUGGAUUUAGCUGCUUCGAGGUCUGAACACCAGCUGCUCAAUAACGUUAACCAUCAGGAUGUAUCUGUGAUAAAUAAGAUGGGUUCCACAUAUGUAAAGAAGCCAAAUAGAUCGUUUACUGUGUCAAUGCCGGAUUUUCAAGUUGCGAUGGAGUCGAAUCCCAGGAUACUCGGAGAAGAUUGGCCAGUACAGCUUGAGAAGGUUUCCUUGUGUGCAUCAGAAUAUUACAUGGCGGAAUAGUCUGUGAUACUUGUUGUGAUGCUAGAAGCUCUUCUAACGGUCCUUUUGACAGAGUUUACACUAUCACUACGUGGUUUAAAGCUACGAAAAUUUUUGGAGAAGUUGAUUAGGUUGUAUAUACAUCACAAAGUUGAUUAUUUCUUAAGUGGGACGUCUUCCCUUAUAAAGUAAAAGGAUAUGGAUACUAGUAAGAUUGUAGCGACGAGAUAUAGUUCAGUGGCUUUCUUUUGAUAAUGUAUCUUGUUAUCUAAUUUACCUUUUAUUUGUUAAUAAAUCUUAUUUUUUCUGGUAUA